ACAGUUACGUUUUAUUUUUCUUUUGACUGGAAGUUUUAAAUUUAAUAAAAUGUUGCAAAGAUUUAUUUGUAAAAAUUUGUGUAGUAAAUUAUGUAGCAGACAGAGAAAUAUAUUAUUUAAUUUAACACUUCAAGGCCAUUCCUGUAAACAAUGCGGAUUUAAGUUAUAUUCUAGUCACAAAGUUCAAGCAUUACGAAAUAAUAAUGAAAGAAGUUUAUUACACGGGAAUAAUAGAUUUUUACUAAAGUUAAGAUACUACACUAGCCAGGUGGACACUCAAAAGAAAAAUGGACGCGUCGAAACCAUCAAAGAUAAUACGGAGAUAGCGACCUCAAAAAAGAUUAAUGUAAAGUUAAAACCAUCCGAGUUAAAAAGACUUUUAUCUUUGGCAGAGCCAGAAAAAUGGACCCUUACUGGUGCUAUUGGUUUAUUAUUUAUAUCAUCUAGUGUUACAAUGGCUGUGCCAUUCUCAUUAGGUAUGGUGCUGGAUAUAAUAUACAGUGGCACAAAUGAUCUAGUGACUGCUAGAGAAAAGCUCGAUGAAUUAUGCUUGGUGCUUUGUGGAGUUUUUCUUGUUGGCGGCCUUUGCAACUUCGGCCGAGUGUACUUGAUGUCAAUAUCUGGGCAAAGAAUGACGCAGUCACUUCGAAAAAAAGUAUUCUCGUCAAUUAUGCGGCAAGAGCCAGCGUGGUUUGGUAGAACAUCAACUGGCGAGCUUGUGAAUAGAUUAUCAGCAGACACACAAUUAGUGGGCCGAAAUCUUAGUUCAAAUGUUAGUGAUGGUCUACGGUCGCUCUUCAUGGUAGGAGCUGGAACAGGCAUGAUGUUCUACAUGUCACCAUCCCUAGCUUUGAUAGGAUUAUGCGUAGUUCCGCCAGUAUCGAUGCUUGCUGUUAUCUAUGGUCGAUUCGUUCGAGGCAUCACUAGACAGCUUCAAGAUGCACUAGCUGAAACCAGCGAGCUUGCUGAAGAAAAGAUUUCUAACAUCAAAACCGUGAAAGCAUUUAGCAAAGAAAAGAAAGAAUGUGAAUCAUAUGCGCAACGGAUUGAAACUUUACUUCAAUUGGCCUACAAGGAGUCCUUAGCAGUAGGAAGUUUCUAUGGCUUGACGGGUUUAUCAGGCAACACUAUAAUAAUCUUGGUGCUUUACUAUGGUGGUGGUAUGGUGGCGACAGAACAGAUGACCGUUGGAAACCUCACAUCUUUUCUACUAUACGCUGCAUAUGUUGGCAUAAGUAUUGGUGGACUCAGUAGUUUUUAUACUGAAUUGAAUAAGGGUAUGGGUGCUGCUACGAGGCUCUGGGAAAUAAUGGAUAGGGAACCAAAAAUAUCAACAUCAGGAGGCUUAAGACCAAAAGAAAGACCGAAAGGGGAACUAAUAUUAGAAAAUAUAAAUUUUUCUUACGCUGGAGCUCCUUUGAUUAAGGGUCUCACUUUACAUCUGUUACCUGGAAAGAACGUUGCUCUAGUUGGAAGAUCUGGCUGUGGCAAGAGUACAAUAGCAUCUCUUAUAUUAAGGCUGUAUGAUCCUGAUAGUGGGAGGGUACUGUUGGAUGGAGUAGAUAUAAGGCACUUGGAUCCAGUUUGGUUAAGAAGUCACAUAGGAUUUGUUAGUCAGGAACCAGUUCUUUUUAGUGGCAGUAUAAAAGAAAACAUAUUAUACGGUGCUCUCGAUGAUUGCGAAACUUCGGAAGAAGGAAAGGAGGCGCCGUGGCUGGUGGCGGCGCGCGCGGCGCAGCUGCAGGAGGUGGCGGGCGGCGCGGGCGCGGGCGCGGCGGGCUGGCGGCGCCAGGUGGGCGCGCGCGGCUCGCAGCUCAGCGGCGGGCAGAAGCAGCGCGUCGCCAUCGCGCGCGCCAUCGUCAAGAAUCCAAAAAUCCUCAUACUCGACGAAGCUACCUCAGCAUUAGAUACAUAUUCAGAGUAUUUAGUUGAUAAAGCGCUCAAGGAAAUCAGUAGAGAUAGAACAGUACUAACUAUAGCGCACAGACUGAGCACCAUACAAUCAGCUGACGAAGUAGCCGUUAUAGGAGACGGCGUUAUCGUCGAAAAGGGAACUUAUACCGAAUUGAUGGCAAAAUCAGACGGUUACUUCAAAGAACUUAUAAAUCACCAAGCAUUUAUAAAUUCUCAGCCUAAAAAUACAACAGAUGUACAAAACAGCUAAUAUAAAACGAAACGAAUUAUUUUCGGUAUAGGACCUCUUUUACUAAUAUACAUCGAAAUAUUUUUGUACAUAUGUUAUAUUAUUAUGACUAUUUAAAAUUGUUUUUGUGCAAUUUCAUAGAGAUCCUUAAAUGAAAUAUUGUAAAGAGUUAUGAUUGCUUAGGACCGCAUAAGCAUUAUUUGUUAUGGGAAUUGCUUCAUCAUAGGCGCUUUGACAUAGAUUGGUAAACCACAAGUCGUAACUUGAAUUUUGUUUUUAAAUUUUAUGUUUUAUGCAAGAUCAAUUUUUUAAUUUAUUUUUGACUGGAUGACUUUAAUAUUAAUUGUUAUAUUUAACAUUCGUUAUGGGUUGUAACUUUCAUACGAAAUGUAUAAAAAUAAUUGUAAACUAUUACAGAUUCUACUUGUUGUUAAAAGAGUAAAUGUAUUUAUUUACACUAAAAUAAUUUAUAUGAAAUAAAAAAAAAAGCUAUCUUAACUGACACGAGAUAUUUAAAAUUGAACUUUUUUUAAAUUAAAUUUUUUAUUGGUUUUCAAUAAUUUAUAAAAUGAUAAUCACUCAGACAGAGAUAGAAUGAUACAAUUCUUGCUGCCUUUGAUAAUUUAGAUUUAUUAUGCGCAGUAGCAGAAUGCACUGUUUGAUUAUCUAAAUUAGUUGAUGAAACAAUGAUUGCAAUCAAAGAUGAACUUUAGAGUUUUGUCUCGAAGAAUUGUAUUAUACCUUGAAAAAUAAUUGUCGAUGUAAAUUUAUAUUAAAAAAAAAUGUUCAAAGCGAACGGAUAUGUAUGGAAAGUUUAUUAUGUAUAAAUUAAAGUGAUGGCGGGCAAUGGAAUAUGUAUAUUUAGAGGAAUAAAAAUGGUUGUUGAUAUUAUAGUA